GCCCUGGCCGGGGUUGACGUUUCCCAGUGGAGGCGGGGACAGACAGCCUUGCAGAUGGCCCCGCUCCCGGGGGCAGAGCUGGUCCACACGCCCCUGCAGCUCUACCGAUACCUGCUGCGCUGUUGCCGACAGCUGCCCACCAAGGGCAUCCAGGAGCAUUACAGACACGCUGUCAGGCAGAGUUUCCGGGUUCAUUCAGAUGAAGACAAUCCUGAGAGAAUCCAGCAGAUUAUUAAAAGAGCCAUUGAAGAUGCUGACUGGAUCAUGAACAAAUAUAAAAAGCAAAACUGAGACUCAAAGAGUGAAGCUGCCCUGAAGACCCUGACGAUGAGAGGCCUCCUGGAAGGAACCAGCAGCAGCACUUCUGACUCUCCGCUGUCCUGCUGGUGGAGAGAGCAGGA